AUGUCCACUAUCCAGAAUCUCCACUCUUUCCACCCCUUUGCUGAGGCAAAUAAGGGUGACGGUCUGUUUCCUGCUGGCACUGAGGAUUAUAUCCAUAUAAUUCAACAGAAAAACAGCAGGAAGAUCUUUACUACUGUCCAAGGGACCCUUGAUGAUUAUAACAAAAAGAUACCAGUGAAGGCAGUUACGAAGAUAUUUUCCUGCCAUGGUACUGUAAUUGAGCAUACAGAAUAUGGAGAAGUGAUUCAGCAUCAGGGUGACCAGCCCAAGAACAUAUGCCAGCUCCUCAGAGAGACUGGACUAGCUAAAGACGACCAGCUAAAGGUUCAUGGGUUGUAA